AUGGCGGCGGGGCGGCUGCCGGCGCUGCUGCUGCUGGCGCUGCUGCUGGGCGGCACGGCGGGGCCCGGCGCCUGGGCAGCGCGGAGCCGCGGCGCCGACAAGCAAAACAGCCUCCGCCGCGCCGCCAGCGGCCUCUACCAGGGCAUCAGCGGCCUCUUCGGGGAGGACAACGUGCGGGCCCUGCAGAAGUUUUUCUCCAGGUUGACUGAGAGAUUUGUGAAUGGGGUCGAUAUAUUAAUGGACACAUUCUGGAGAAUAUGGACUGAUUUGUUGGAUGUUCUUGGGAUUGAUGCCUCCAACUUGACUCAUUAUUUCAGCCCAGCGGCGAUUGCCAACAACCCAACUCGUGCUCUUCUGCUGAUUGGUGCCAUUAUACUUGCCUAUUGGUUUUUAUCUCUCUUCUUGGGAUUCUUCUUCUAUCUCCUGCACAUGCUGUUUGGUCGCUUUUUCUGGAUUGCCAGGGUUGCUCUGUUCACUCUCUCGUGCAUCUACAUCCUUCAGAAGUACGAAGGUGACCCGGAACACGCAGUCCUGCCUCUCUGCUUUGUUGUAGCAGUCUACUUCAUGACGGGGCCAGUUGGGUUUUACUGGCGAAGAAACAGCAACAGCAGCCUUGAGGAGAAGAUGGAUCACCUCAACAGUCAGAUCAGACUUCUGAACAUACGUCUUUCGCGGGUGAUCGAAAACCUGGACAGAGGCAGUGACCAGUGAACCGACCCCUAUAGACCACUGUACACCAGCUCUAGAAAAUUCCUGAGCGCUGUCUCAUUCGAAGUUACAAAGCAACAAAACAUCACAUGGUAAAAAGUGGGCAAAGUUAUAACUUUUCAUCAUGUGUAAGACUAAUUUAUCUAGGUUAUACACUCAGCCAUUGUAGGAAAAAAAGAAGAAGAUUAAAAAAAUUCAGCUGUACAUUCAGAGAGUUUUAUCCAGUACUAGAAUUUUCUCAGUAGAUAAAGGCUUACUUUUACAAGCAUUUAAAAACAUCUUUUGUAAAGUUUUUAUAAAAGCAAAUUGAGUAGUCUUUCAAAUAUUGAAAUUGAGCUAAACAUAUGCAAAUUUGACACUUAAAAAAGUUAAAAAGGACAAAAAAAAAUCUCAAGCUACCAAACACUUCCAUUGAGAAGUAACUGCUGUGGGUCCACGUGGGUUUUUUUUCCAAGUUGUGAAUGUUUUUGUUUUAUUGUUGGCUUUUUUCAUUGCCUUGAAGUUGCCUUUCAUAGAGUAUCAGAUGGGGAAUUUUCUGGUAUCCAGGCCAAAAAAUUCACAGCGUGGCUUUUAAUAGCAGGUGGGGAAUAAGGGAGGAGGAAGAGUUCAUAAACUUGAAGUGCUUAAAUGCCAGUCCAACGUGAGGAAUUGAGGAGUGCACGUGUGGCAUUAUUUCAUUCCAUUUCAUUUCAAGAACUUGACGUCUGAAAGGAAUUCUCUUUGAAUAAGUUGACACAAAGGGAAGAGACAUAACGUGGCAAAUUGUAACUUGUAUUUUAUCUUCACAGUGAAGCAUUUUCCAAGCAUAAGUGCAUAGAGUAAAACAUGAUUUUUAAUCUCAGGACCCACGUGCUUUCUCAGAAAAGGCAGCAGUUAAAACACUUGCAAACGUAUCAUUGCUUAAAGCUUUCUCAGGACCAAUAGGCGGCAAUAAAUUAUCUUCAGGAAGAUCUGGAUUUUUUUCUGAAACUGUAACGGUUUUAUAGGAGCUCUUUGCUUGAAGUCUGUGUCCUCACUAUAUGAGGUUUUGGGAAAGUGACUCACCUUAUGAGAAGGGUGUCUUAGAGUUGUGUUUCAAAGGGACCUUAGGAGCUUUGAAGCAGUUUUAUUUUGAAGGAUUCCAUGUACUUGUAACUUUAGGAUGAACUGGCUUGUAGACUGGCUUUGUACAGUUUGCUGAAAUGCAUUGAGAUGAGGUAACCUCAGGGAAGAAAGUCCAGGAAGGGGUUUGACUCAGUAACCUCUAGUGUUCCAGGACAGAGUUGUGGGGAGAGAUCUAAACUGUAGUGAUGAGGAGCACAGUAUCCUACCAUAAGCGGUAAGAUGGACCACAGCUGAUCAACCGUAUAUUCCAUAAUGUCUAAAUGAACAAAGGAAAGGAAAAAAAUAAAGCAACAGAGAUUGUUGUGUGAUAGGGACUGGCUGAAAAGAAAGGGGAACAAAGAUGGUGAUCGGCAUACAGGGCCAGCCGGGACAGCUGAGCACCGCGUGGCACCUGGUCUUCAGCUUCUUGUUUUGUUGGGUCAAGCUUUUGUUGGAUGUGACGCUUACCUGAAUAUAGCUGUGGGAUGAAUUUAUUUUUCUCUUUAUGCUGAGGUUUAAUAACUCUUCUUAAACUGUGUGUUACUUGCCUAACCUCUUCUGGGCUGUGCAUGACAUUGACGUGAAGGAUUAUUUUGAAAUCUGUGGUCACGGCCUUUACUCCAAACUGUGAUCAGUUCAACACGGUUGAAGUUCAUGUGCAGUUGGCACUGUUGUAAUGGUUUUAAUUUUUUUCACAUCAUCUGUAAAUCCCCCUGCACCCCAUUUUUCAGGAAUUACACAUUUAGAGUUGCAAAGUAGCUGCUUUUCAUAACUUAAAGUCUUUGCCACAAACAGAUAAGUACUAGGGCAACAAAUAGCCCGCUUCCUAAAGCCAAAAAUGUACAUUCCAAUCUAUUCCUUUUUACAGCUCAUUUGCCGCAGUAUUAGAGAGUCUUCCCUGUAAACUCAGUUUUCCCUGCUGCUGUGCGCAGGGAGCUGGGCUAAAACACCAACCUGGAAAUUAGGGGCUAAUUAGCAAAGCUCGUCAGGACUUCGUGUGUUUUGCAAACCUGGCUUGUGUGAGUGGCUCCAUUGACUUCCAUGGGACAGUGUGCACGAGGCAGUUCUGCAGAGAUUGUAUUUUCUGUAAUCCAUAUUUAAUGUUAAACUUAAAAAUACCAAAUUGUUUCUAUAUUAAGAAGUGUCUAUGAUAAAGAUUUCUUUUAAAAUACUAUAUACAAGUUAAUCUGGAUUGUAGCUCAUCCCUGUCUAGCUCUAAUAAUUUAUUUGAGUUGUGUAAAAUCAGCCCUCCUAGAUCAAUACUCUUAAUUUUAAACACCCUGCUGCUUGAAAAGAAGUAUUUUUGUAUUUACUUGCAGCCUAUGUAUAGCAAAACGUGAUGUGAAAAGCAGUAUAUGUAAAAUUGGGUAUUUUUAAUCGGUAUUUUUCCCAGCACUCGGUUUUCAUGUUUAGUCAAAUUCAGAAGUAACGAUUCUUUUUUUGUUUUAAAGCACAAUCUAAUCUUCAAUAUAUAAACUUUAACAAUGCUCUGUAUUUUUAAACAUGCACUGUAGUGAAAGCGCUUUUGGAACAUGAACGUGAUAUUGUAUUUAAUAUCUUUCCACUUUUGUAAAUACCUUUGGCAAAUAUUUUCCAUGCCAGGUCAUCUAGUUUAUCCAUCGAGGCUUCUGCUCUGUUUCUUAGAACUCGCUCCCGUGACAGUGGUUGUGCUGCUUUUGUAUUGCCAGUGACAGGAGCAUCCGGUAGGAACUUGCAGAGGUGUGCAGGUGUCGCCACCUCACCCAAGCUUUGACACACUGGCCCAAGGCGGUGGCAGAAAUGGGAAUAAACCCCAGAUCUGGAGGGUAGCCACAGCAACGUGUGCCUCCGGCAGCCCCUUCCCCUGGCAGCUGGCACUGGGCAAGGGGCUACCUGUGCAGCUGCCGGAUGGGAACAUGUGCCCGUCCAAAGGCCAGCGGGCAAAAUAGUUCCCAGUUAUUGACCUUCCCAUUUGCAGCAGCUUUGUGAAGAAUCCGACUGGUAUCACAGGUUGAGACGUGCUUCAGGCUGCCCAGUGUCAGAAAUCCCAUCAGGGUUUGAAGUAUUUUACCCUUGAGAUGUCAUAUUUGCACCUACUAUAGUAUUUCCAACACAUUGAUGUUUUUUACUGAGCUGACAUGGUUAGCGGUUUCUUUUACAGUAACACCUGUCGGUAACCAAUCUGUCACGUUGGGAAUGUGAUGCUUCUCAAAGUGGUGUUGGGUGUCGGAGUGCAACGUGUACAAUCUGGUGUAGUUCAGUGCUGUACUUAAUGGCGCGUCCUUCAAAUCGUGAUUCGCUUUUACAGACUUGUCGCAUCGUUCGUGUGGAAAAUAGGCCCGUAUCAACCUUAGCUCUGCGAUGGCGUGGAAGUGUCUCAGUGUGAUUUGCCUCACAUACUGAUCUGUAUUUGGCAGCUAAUGGCAUAAAUGACCAUAAGUUCUCUUUGUCUGGGAAAAUAAAUAAAAGGUUUUCUCGUAUCUGCAUGUAUUUUAAACUUUUGGACAAUUCCAUCGAACUGUGAUGACAGCACAUUCGAAAACUGAUCUUUGCCUUUUAGUCAGAAGUGGUAUUUGCUAUGGUAGCACUCGUUAUCGGCACCGAGUUAGUGACUUCACAUCUGUUUUGUACAUCAGAUUUCAAGAUGAUAGUGUUUAAGUUUGUACAACUGUGUUUAUGUAAAAAACAAUUAAUUGGUCUGAAGAGAUGAUAUAUGUACACUUUGACAUACGAUCCCUAGGGAAGUAUUAGAUUCUACUGAUAACAUUGUGAAGUAGUUACAGUUAUAUCAGGCUUAUUUUUUACAGAGCUAUACAUGCCUUUAUUUAUUACUUAUCUGACCACCCAAUCAAUGUACUAUGUAGUUAAAUAUUUGUAGACCGAUUUCACAAAUCAACUAUGGUAUAGUGACAGAGCUUAAAAUAAAUGUUUACUGAAACUUU